AUGGUUAAAGCUAUCAUUGCCCCCUCCAUCCUCGCUUCUGACUUUGCCAACUUGGGAUGCAAUUGCCAUAAAAUGUACGACUCUGGCGCCGACUGGCUCCAUAUAGAUGUCAUGGAUGGCCACUUUGUGCCUAACAUCUCGCUAGGCCCACCGAUCGUGAGCAGUUUGCGUAAGGAGUUUCCUAGAAAGGCAGAAAAGACGUUUUUUGAUUGCCAUAUGAUGGUGGCCGAGCCUGAGAAGUGGGUGCCUGAGAUUGCCAAGGCUGGCGGUGACCAGUAUACUUUUCACUAUGAGUCUACCAAGGACCCUAAGGGCCUUAUCAAGUUGAUCAGGGAGCAUGGCAUGAAACCAGCAUGUGCUGUGAAGCCAGGCACGCCCGUGGACGUUUUGUAUGAGCUUGGGGAUGAGUUGCACAUGGCGUUGGUGAUGACGGUGGAGCCUGGGUUUGGCGGACAGAAGUUUAUGCCUAACAUGAUGUCUAAGGUGGAUGCAUUGAGAACGAAGUUUCCCCAGUUGAAUAUCCAGGUUGACGGUGGUUUGGGCAGGGAGACGGUGCCUGCGGCCGCUGACGCUGGUGCCAAUGUCAUUGUAGCAGGUACGUCUUGUUUUACUGCUCCAGACCCGGUGGAGCUUAUUGAUUUUAUGAGAGAGACUGUGAAUGAGAGUUUGAAGGCCAAGGGUGUCUAUUCGUGA